AUUAGAAUUGUGAAGCUUGCCAAAUCUCAAAUUAGAAGAAUGCUCUCUGGGACUUUUCUCAAACAAAAAGCUAAGAAGGAAGGCUCUUUAUGAAGAUCCACCCUUUCGGAGAUCUCAAGGGCCUAACCCCUCGAUGUGUUCGAAGUUUUUAGCUUCUCUUUUUCUCCGAAGGCUUAAUCUCAAUCCCCUCCAGCGCUGUUCAUCCCAGGCCCUUUCCAUUAUUUCUUCAAAGAAUAUAUACACACACCCACCGAGAGAACGAGAAUAACAGAGAUGUCGACCCUUUCUUCAACGUAUUGUCCUUCAUAUUCAUCAUCUUCAUCAUCAGCGCCGUCGGCAUCACCGUAUUCACCUUCUUUGUCUCGUCAGCGGAGAAGGGUCUCUUCGAUUCCUAAAAUUUCCUUACAAGCGAAAGUGUUCUUGCAGUCUCAAAGAAACCCACAUCAAAUUUUGGUCUGCAUGCAAGAUGGUGCAGUGGCUGCAACAGUCACUCCUAUUCAAAAUGAAACUUCUUUGAAGAAAUUGAAAGAUGGAUUUUUGUCAACUACAUCAUCAGAAGAAUGUAAAGAUGUGUCAGGUUCUGAUUUUAAUGAAGAUGAGUCGUCAGUUAGUAUUACUGUUGUUGGAGCCUCUGGCGACCUUGCAAAGAAAAAGAUUUUUCCUGCCCUCUUUGCACUUUAUUACGAGGGUUGCCUCCCGAAGCACUUUACUGUGUUUGGUUAUGCCCGGAGUAAGAUGACCGAUGCUGAACUCCGAGACAUGGUUAGUAGGACCCUCACUUGCAGAAUUGAUAAGAGGGAAAAUUGUGGUGAAAAGAUGGAGCAGUUUCUCAAAAGAUGUUUCUACCAUAGUGGUCAGUAUGAUUCAGAGGAAAAUUUUGCACAGCUAGACAAGAAGCUGAAGGAACAUGAGGGUGGCAGGGUUUCUAAUCGCCUUUUCUAUUUAUCAAUUCCUCCAAAUAUAUUCGUAGAUGCAGUUAGAUGUGCAAGCGUGUCAGCUUCCUCUGCAGAUGGCUGGACAAGGGUCAUUGUUGAGAAGCCCUUUGGUCGGGAUUCAGAAUCCUCAGCUUCUUUGACAAGAGGCCUCAAGGAGUACUUGCAGGAGGAUCAAAUUUUCAGGAUAGAUCACUAUCUUGGGAAAGAGCUAGUGGAAAACUUAUCUGUUCUCCGCUUCUCCAACCUUAUUUUUGAACCCUUGUGGUCUAGACAAUAUAUAAGGAAUGUGCAGUUUAUAUUCUCAGAAGAUUUUGGCACUGAAGGACGUGGAGGGUACUUCGACAAUUAUGGGAUUAUAAGGGAUAUAAUGCAGAAUCAUUUGCUGCAAAUACUAGCCCUUUUUGCCAUGGAAACCCCUGUCAGUUUGGAUGCAGAAGAUAUCAGAAAUGAAAAGGUCAAAGUUUUACGUUCUAUGAAGCCUUUACGACUUGAAAAUGUGGUUAUAGGACAGUAUAAGAGCCACACAAAAGGAGGGGUUACUUACCCAGCAUACACUGAUGACAAUACCGUACCAAAGGACAGCUUAACUCCUACAUUUGCAGCAGCUGCAGUUUUCAUAGAAAAUGCGAGAUGGGAUGGGGUGCCUUUCUUGAUGAAAGCCGGGAAAGCAUUACAUAAAAAGGGGGCUGAGAUAAGGGUACAGUUCAGACAUGUUCCUGGUAAUUUAUAUAACAGAAAUUUUGGGACAGAUCUUGAUAAAGCAACGAAUGAGCUUGUUAUCCGAGUGCAACCUGAUGAAGCUAUUUAUUUGAGGAUCAAUAAUAAGGUUCCUGGUUUAGGAAUGAGAUUGGAUCGUAGUAAUCUGAAUCUUCACUAUGCGGCAAGGUAUUCAAAGGAGAUUCCUGAUGCAUACGAGAGGCUUUUGCUCGAUGCUAUCGAGGGCGAGAGGAGGCUAUUUAUACGUAGUGAUGAACUGGAUGCAGCUUGGGCACUCUUCACGCCUGUACUGCGUGAGCUGGAAGAGAAGAAGAUGAUGCCGGAGUACUAUCCUUAUGGGAGCCGGGGUCCAGUCGGGGCUCACUAUCUUGCUGCUAGAUACAAUGUUCGAUGGGGGGAUCUCAGUGUAGAGCAAUAACUGGGGGUGACUUCUAGUGCUGGAUGAUCAAAUAAAGCUUGAAGUUUAGAUUCUGGUGGAUGCAAAGGGAUAUAAUAGGGGGUUCUUGUGGGUGUUGCAGAGUUGAAUUAGAUGAUGGGAUUUCCCCAUAGAUGAUAAAUAAAGCCCGAAGAUUUACAUUCGGGAAGAUGCAAGGGUCAGAGGAGGUUCUUGUGGGAAUGACAAUAGUAGAAUUAGGUUGUGGAAUUUUCUACACCUUGUCUGUUCUGAAUCUCUCUUUUUUGGGUUCUUUCACACACACACACACACACCUCCACACUCUCUCUCUUCAUAGCAAACCAGAAUUUAUUAAUGUCAAAUAUUGCUAUGAACAACUAGUUGAUGAAAUACAGCAUGCUAGCAACAAGUUGCUUCGAGGA